GCGCAAAGGGCUGAGCCAGUGUUGUUUUUUGUUUUUUGUUUUUUUUCCCGGCUGGAAGUGAGAUGUUUGUGAGUGGUGAGGUUAGGCCGGAAGUGGUGUUGCGUAGGGAAUGGGGGGAGGGGGGACGAGCUGAACCGCCGCUCGUCUGGCGAAGCGGGAGGCUUGUGGCGCUGGCUGGAGGCCAAGGAUGCAGUCCAAGAAAGUUCUAAAAAUAUAUCAUCAGGUCCAACUUGGUAGUUGACCUAGCCAUGGAAAGCCUCACUGGGUCAGACCAUAACUGGCAUUCUUAAAAACUCUUCCCAUCAUAAAGUAUCAAGAAGGAAAAUGUAGGAUAUAUACCUACCACUUCAAGAAAGCUCCUGUACCAGCCAACAGCCUAACAGAUUAGCUAGCUGCUUUGAUCGUCAAGCAGACGUACUCAAGCUCAGCACAGCACAGGAAAAAUCUCUCUAUGAACAUUUUUCACAAUCUGUGUGUGACCUAUUAGCAGGUCAUGAAAUCAGUUCUAAAGAGGAAAAAUGAAGUGAAAUGUGCAGACACUUGUUCAAGUUCAGCUGCUGCACCUGGAAAUGUGAAUAGUGACCAUGUUGAGAGAAAUACUGACUGUAAUCUGCAAACUUCAACCUCGUUUGAGCCACAUUUCAAAAAGAAAAAGGUAAGUGCAAGACGUUAUAAUGAAGAUUAUUUAAAAUACGGUUUUAUCAAAUGUGAAAAACCCUUGGAAAAUGACAGACCUCAGUGUGUUAUUUGUAACAAUAUUCUUGCAAAUGAGAGCUUAAAACCUUCUAAAUUAAAAAGGCACUUAGAAACUCAGCAUGCUGAACUUACUGAUAAGCCUCUUGAGUAUUUUCAAAGAAAGAAAAAGGAUGUAAAGUUGUCUACACGAUUUCUUGGUUGUCCUACAGCUGUUAGCGAGAAAGCCUUAUUAUCAUCGUAUUUGGUUGCAUAUCGAGUGGCGAAAGAGAAAAUGGCUCACACGGCUGGUGAAAAAAUAAUUCUUCCAGCGUGUUUGGAUAUGGUGCGUACAAUUUUUGAUGACAAAUCGGCUGAUAAAUUAAAAACGAUAUCUAGUGAUGACAUAAUAUCUCUUCGAAUGUGCACUAUUGCGGAACACUUAGAAACAAUGCUUCUUACCCGGUUGCAGACUGGUAUAGACUUUGCGAUCCAGCUCGAUGACAGCACCGACCUGGGGAGCGGCACGACACUCUUAGUUUAUGUCAGAUACGUGUGGCAAGAAGAUUUCAUGGAGGAUUUUUUGUGUUGUUUAAAUAUAACCUCACACCUAAGCGGGUUAGAUAUUUUUACAGAAUUAGAAAAGUGCAUUGUUGGCCGAUAUAAAUUAAACUGGAAGAACUGCAAAGGGAUUACAAGUGACGGAGCAGCAAGCAAAACCGGAAGACACAGCAGAGUAAUUAAAAAAUUGCUAGAAGUGACUAAUAAUGGCGCCGUGUGGAAUCACUGUUUUAUACAUCGUGAAGCUUUAGCAUCCAGAGAAAUCCCACAGAAUCUCUUGGAAGUACUGAAAAACGCAGUGAAAGUUGUUAACUUCAUUAAAGGAAGUGCGCUAAAUAACCAGCUUCUUGAAACAUUUUGUUCAGAGAUUGGAGCUAAUCGUACCCACUUACUAUACCAUACCAAAGUUCGUUGGUUGUCUCAUGGCAAAAUACUAAGCAGGGUUUACGAACUCAGGAACGAGAUCCACCGUUUUCUUACUGAAAAAAAGUCUUAUUUGGCAAGUAUUUUGGAAGAUGACAUUUGGGUGAUGAAAUUGGCAUAUUUAACAGAUAUUUUUGGCAUUCUUCACGAACUGAGUUUAAAACUACAGGGGGAAAAUAGCAAUAUAUUCCAACAGGUCGAACGCAUCCAGGGAUUCCAAAAGACACUAUUGUUAUGGCAAGCGAGGCUUAAAAGCAGCCGUCCGAGCUACUACAUGUUUCCAAGAUUUUUGCAACAUAUCGAAGAGAACGUUAUUAGUGAAAACCUUUUGAAAGAAAUAAAAUUAGAGAUAUUGGUGCAUCUCACUUCUCUGUCUCAAACUUUUAACCAUUUCUUUCCAGAAGAGAAGUUUGAAACGUUAAGAGAAAACAGCUGGGUGAAAGAUCCCUUUGCUUUUCGAAACCCAGAAUCAGUAAUUGAGUUAAACUUGGUGCCUGAAGAAGAUGAAUUACUGCAGCUCAGUUCCUCAUAUACAUUGAAGACUGACUACGAAGCAUUAACAUUAUCGGCAUUUUGGAUUAAGGUAAAGGAAGACUUCCCUCUGCUAAGCAGAAAGAGUGUCCCGCUUCUGUUACCAUUCACGACAACCAGUUUGUGCGAGCGUGGGUUUUCAGUCCUGACCCAGUUAAAAGCAAAGGAAAGAAACGGGUUGAAAGGUGCAGCAGAUAUGCGGGUGGCACUGUCCUCCUGUUUUCCCGACUGGAGCGAACUUCUCAGCAGGCAAGCACACCCGUCACCUUAAGUGAAUCUUCCCUGAUUUGUGUUCUUGUGUUUCUUAUUUUGUGACAUUUUUCUAUGCUGAAUUCAGAUGCUAACACAGCAUUGUAUGUGGUAACUUGGUUUUUAUUUUUGGCAUAUUUAAAUAUUAAUGAAAUCAUAAUGUAACUUUCCAUUCUUUGACCAAAACUUUAAUGAACUUCUGUUAGAGGCCAGGAAGUUUUCUAGAGACAUUUGGGAUGCAAAAUGAAGAAAGCAAAGAUCAUUCUGUAGUGGAACUUCGUGGAACUGGCAGGGAGAGAGACAGACAGACCAUAAAUAACCCUUAAAAUAUUUUAAAGGUAAUAAGUACUAUAGAAACAGCAAUAAGAAAGAAGGCUCGGGAACUGUUAUAUGGGCACCAAAUCAUGAAGGGCUCUGUAGACCAUCAAAGGGCCUCUGGGUUUUUGUCUGAAAUGGAGAGCAGUUGAAGGAUUAUGCAGAGGAAAGAUGUGAUGUGAAUUAGGUUUUAAAAGAUUCACUUCAUAGGUGCCCAGCUGGCUCAGUCAAUAGAGCAUGUGCCUCUUUUUUUUAAUUUUAUUUUUUUUAAUAUUUAUUUAUUUUUGAGACAAUGCGAGAGACAGAGUGCAAUCAGCGGAGGGAUGGA